GGAGAAAGUAGAUUAAGUAGAAAACAGUAUAAAUACACAGCACAGGCAGAGGAAGCUUUGUCUACCUAGUGACUAACAGCCUAACAGCUGGAGUGCAAGUGCAUUCAAAUCACACUAGUGACUAUACCUACUCAAGAAUGACUUUACUUCCCUACUAUAAGCUCCUGUGGACUAUGAUAAUUUUUGCUGCGCCUAUCACAUCGAUGGCACUUGUACUUCAUGAUGCCUCUAAAACUUCUGCUUUGAAGUCUAUGCCAUCUCAGCGAAUUGUGCCCCGCAUCUUCCGAGCCGGCGGAGGCGCCGAUGUGGAACCUACUGGUAAACUACCCGAGAUUUGA